UGAAUCUGUCGACCACCGAUGACAACACAUGAGCGCAGACUGAAUAGAAAUAUAGCACACAAUGCACUGAUGCAAUUAUACAUGCGCGUGGUAAAUGAGAUAUUCAUCGUGUUUGUGCUCCUGGUUAGUUGUCAGAAGCGUUUAAAAUAUAUCUGAGUUGAUAUGAUCAUCCUCUGUGUCAGAUUUCAGCAAGGUCACUGAUGCCUAGAAUCAACAGAACAGUUGUGUUGACACUCCUCAUAACAACCAGCUCCAUAUUUCUCUUCUUCCAGCUCUACUACUACAGGCAGUAUGCUUCAAAGAAUGGGCUUAACAUCUUGAGUGGUAAAGAAUAUCUUUCUGGGAAAGACGCACAGUGGCACUUGGUGAAGAAGUUCCUCGGGCUGGUCCAUAAAUUUAAUUUGCCUGUGUUUCUGGUGGACACUGCCUCUCUGAACCUCCUGUCCCAGGAUGCCAUUCUAUACAGGGACAGUCAGCUGAAAGAGCCCCACUGCAGUUUUCUCUGCACACACAGGGACUUCACCACCUUUGCACUGCUUGGAAACCUCUGGAAGUAUAAUGCUGCUCUGCUAGAGGCGGCAGAAGAACGAGGUCUGGAACUGCUGGAGAUACGUGGGAAGGACCCCAGACUUCUCAACAUGGAUGAUCUUAUGGGAAAUGAGAUACCUCUGCACUUUCUGUUCCGCUUUAACAAUCAUCUGGUUCAUGUGGUGGUUCUGUAUGAGCGCAGUGGGCAGUACCUCUGGCAUGCCCCCUUCAGGUUGAGAGCAAGUAUGGACAGGACCUUUGCCCCCUUCAGGAAACUGGACUUUGGCCGUCAUGCAGGGGCCUAUGACAGGCCUGAGCUCAUGCUAACCACUCUUGAUGGGCUAGAUGUACGAAUACCCAAAAACUACUCACUUUUCCUCCAUGAGCAUUCUAACAACCACUUUUUGGAGUGUAGCUACAGAGAAGCUAGGGCCUUCUACCAGCUGUACCCUGAUGAUACCUCUCUAGAGGCGAUGAACUUCAGGAUGAGGGCAAAAAGUCUUAUUCACCUUGCUUCUAAAGUCCUCACUGUGCUUGGGGUCCCUUUUUGGCUGAGCAGUGGAACAUGUCUUGUUCGUGCCCUCAUGAAAGACGGCUGGUACAGACAGUGUAAUAUUAUUCCCUACAGUAAAGACGUGGAUCUGGGCAUUUGGAUUAAAGAUUAUCGGCAUGACAUCACUCAGGCAUUUCAGAAGGCUGGUCUCCCUCUGAAACACAAGUUUGGUAAGGUAGAGGACAGUUUAGAGCUCUCCUUUCAGGGAACUGAUGUGAAGCUGGACAUUUUCUUCUUUUAUGAAGACAAUAAUAUUGUCUGGAAUGGAGGUACACAGGCAAAGAGUGGCAAAAAGUUCAAAUAUGUGUUUCCACGAUUCAGUCUGUGUUGGACAGAGCUGGUGGAGCUAAAGGUGCAAGUUCCUUGCGAGACUUUGGACUAUGUGAUGGCCAACUACGGACCCAACUGGAAUGUUCCUUUGAAGACCUGGGACUGGAAGAGCUCACCGGCCAAUGUGCAGGAGAAUGGGAUGUGGCCUGUGAGAGAAUGGGAUGAUGUCAUCCAGGUUUACUGAGGCAUAAGGGGAGUGACAGUAUUUAAAAGUAAUCAAAUUUAAAGUUAGAGAUGUAGGCCACAUUGUUGUUACAGUAUUACAAACUGGGCUACUACAAACUCUGUUUUAGUUAUAUUCUUAAAUGUCCAUAGACCUUGACUGUAUUUGUAACACCACAAGAACAUUGACAAAAAUGAUUGAUGAAGUGAAUAAAACAGAAACAUUCAUGUUUGACUUCUUAAAAACAAAGUUAAAUGACCUAUCCUCUACAGAGGAUACUAGUUGCAUAUAUGACUUGCAUAGUAGUUCAGAAUGUGUAUAUAAACUGCAGCUGUACACUGUCAUCAUGGCUACUGAUAUGUGUGCUUUUAUUCAAUAAAAAAAAAGCCUUC